UCUAAGCUGCCGCUUCCAGGCUGCGAUCUCUGUCUCCCUGUCCCAAGGACCUCGCUCUCCUGAGUCCGCUAUCCGGCCCGUCCGAGUGGCCCCUGAGCACUCUCUCGGCAUGAACUGCAUAUCAGACUUCUUCACCUAUGAGACUACCAAGUCGGUAGUUGUGAAGAGCUGGACCAUCGGGAUCAUCAACCGAGUCGUUCAGCUUCUGAUCAUCUCCUACUUUGUGGGGUGGGUUUUCUUGCACGAGAAGGCAUACCAGGUGCGGGAUUCGGCCAUUGAGUCCUCGGUGGUAACCAAGGUGAAAGGCUUCGGACUCUAUGCCAACAGGGUCAUGGAUGUGUCUGAUUAUGUGACCCCACCCCAGGGCACCUCUGUCUUUGUCAUCAUCACCAAGAUGAUCGUUACCGAAAACCAGAUGCAAGGAUUCUGCCCAGAGAGUGAGGAGAAGUACCGCUGCGUGUCAGACAGCCAGUGCGGGCCGGAGCGCUUCCCUGGUGGGGGGAUCCUUACUGGCCGCUGCGUGAACUACAGCUCUGCGCUCCGGACCUGUGAGAUCCAGGGCUGGUGCCCCGCCGAGGUGGACACGGUGGAAAUGCCCAUCAUGAUGGAAGCCGAAAACUUCACCAUUUUCAUCAAGAACAGCAUCCGUUUCCCCCUCUUCAAUUUUGAGAAGGGCAACCUCCUUCCCAACCUGACAGCCAGGGACAUGAAGACUUGCCGCUUCCACCCUGACAAGGCCCCCUUCUGCCCCAUCUUGCGGGUGGGGGACGUGGUCAAAUUUGCGGGGCAGGAUUUUGCCAAACUGGCCCGCACGGGCGGAGUUCUGGGCAUCAAGAUCGGCUGGGUGUGCGACCUGGACAAGGCCUGGGACCAGUGCAUCCCCAGAUACUCCUUCACGCGGCUCGACAGCGUUUCUGAGAAGAGCAGCGUCUCCCCAGGCUACAACUUCAGGUUCGCCAAGUACUACAAAAUGGAGAACGGCAGUGAGUACCGCACACUCCUGAAGGCUUUUGGCAUCCGCUUCGAUGUGCUGGUGUAUGGAAAUGCUGGCAAGUUCAACAUCAUCCCCACCAUCAUCAGCUCCGUGGCGGCCUUUACUUCCGUGGGAGUGGGGACCGUGCUCUGUGACAUCAUCCUGCUCAACUUCCUCAAGGGGGCCGACCAGUACAAAGCCAAGAAGUUUGAGGAGGUGAAUGAGACCACGCUGAAAGUCGCCACCUUGACCAACCCAGCGUACCCCAGCGACCAGACCACGGAGGAAAAGCAGUCCACAGAUUCGGGCGCAUACUCCAUAGGCCACUAGGGCCUCUUCCCAGG